AUGGUCCACCCUACAGCUCUUCGAAUGAUGCAAGCCACGCGGGCUGGCAUGUUCAGAGCAACUCAGCGAGCUCCAGCUCAAGCUCAACAGAAGUCUGGCGUUCUUGUCUUCCGUGAGAACCGAGUGCCCUACUACCAACGCCUGUUCCAGAACCAUGACGGCAAACGACAGUGGUGGAAGACGCAUCGGAGUCCAUAUAUCCUCUACCCGUACUACACCCUCCUCCUCGGCAGCUUCGCCUUUUCGUUCGUGGGAAUGAUACGCAUGUUGUUCGCGUCUCCUAUUGCCAAGAUACAGAAGCGUGGCUUUCCGGACUAUGUCCGCCAAUACGCAUCCGUCGCGUACCUCCACUCCCAAGAAGUCUACUUCCCCAGCUCCAUUGCCGACCACCUCAGCCACACCCACCCCGAAGACGCCAACGGAACCAGCAUAACGACACCCGCGUCCCUCACGCUCGACGACUUGGACACGCUCAACUCAAACGCCAACGGCGGGCAAGGCGUUUACUUAUCCUCCAAUGAAGGCAUCCAAGCACUCCCCUCCUGCACCAUCGCGUCCGUGAUCGUGACGGUCGCCAAGCCCAACAACACGCUCAACGCCUUCUGUUUCUCCUUUCACGCCUACAACCAGGGCAACUGGGUGCUCGGCCUUCCCCAGCUCGAGUUCGGCGACCACCCAUGUGGUUCAGGCAACACUCUUCGGGCCAGGCGUUCGCGUACGCGGCCGUGGAGAAAGCAUGCCGUGGCCACUGACACCGACACCACCGCCGCCGCCGCCGCCGCCGGAGUCAGACCCGUAGCGUACAUCGCCAAAGGAAGCCACGCCAACUACGCGACCUCCGGAUCCCACGACCACACGGUCCCCGGCCUGAACCUGCCCGACGGGCCCUUGGAAGGUCAUACGGACAGGGGCGUUUUCUGGGAUCCGUUCGGAAAUACGUACAUGUACGACUACGACGCCUCGACGGGCGUGUUUGAAGCGUAUAACGACGGCGCGGAUCCCACGGUGUGGUUGGCCUUUGCGGGAAGGUGGGGGUGA